UUUCAGAGCCUUGUGAAGAUGCAGGCUGUGUCUGUUGGACUGCUCCUCUUCAGUAUGACCUGGGCGGCACCAAUGCUGAAUGCAGGCGGCGGCAGCUACCAAGGCAACCCCCACGGGGACUUAGCAGCAUCGGUGCAUCCUGAGCGCGUGGUGGGUGAAGGAGCAAUGGACAGACAAGGUGUUCCCCUUCACCUGCCUGACCAGGCCAGGCAUGGUGCUGCCCUCCUCAGAAACAUCAUGCUGCCUGCGAAGGGUCUGGUGACUGGGGCCGAACUACGACGGGCAGGAAACCAAGAGAAGAAACCUCAGAGUGUUCUAAGCGUAGUUCCAGCAGAUGUCAAGGACGCUAAAGACUCCUUAAAAGAUAUAAAGAAUCAGCAGAGGUAUCUGCUAUCCCAAACCAGCCCGGUAAAAAGCAAACACACCCGUCAGACCCGACGGAGCACUCACUACCUAACGUACUUCCCCCAAACCAGAAAGAUUCCCAGUGACUUUGAAGGCAGUGGUUCCCCAGAUCUUCUAGUGAGGGGAGAUAAUGAUGCCCCUCCUUUCAGUGGAGAUGGGCAACAUUUUGUGCACGUUCCUGGCAAAGGAGGUGCUGUCUCGGGCUCCAGCAGAGCUGAGGUUGCUGACCCACACGGGAGUGGACUGGGCUCUAAUGAGAUCCCGGGGAGAGAAGGACAGGGCGGCAGUGCCUAUGCAACCAGAGACAAAACUGCACAGGGGGCAGGCUCUGCGGGCGUGAGCCUUCUGGAGGGCGGCAAUGAAAUCACAGGCAGUACCAGUUUCAGGGAACUCCCCGGGGAAGAGGGAAACAGAGUUGAUGCCAGCAGCCAGAACGCUCAUCAAGGGAAAGUAGAAUUUCACUAUCCACGGGUGCCCUCGAAAGACAAGGGAAACGUGGGCGGCAGGGAGCACACAGGGGGAGCCCGUUACAACGAAAUCCCCGAGAGCAGCAAAGGUAGCUCUAGCAAAGAUGCAGACGAAUCCAAAGGGAACCAAGUAACCUUGAUUGAAAGCCAAAGAUUUCCAGGUAAAGGCAGAAGCCAGGGCCCGGCUCCUCCUUCUCCUUCUCACAGUCUCGGAAAUGAGGUUAAAAGUGAGGAAGAUUCCUCUGAUGUUCUCAGUAGAGAGGGAAUUGCAACAGCACACAGCAGAACAAACCACUAUGUGCACCACGGACGAAAUAAUCGUACACGGAAUAAAGGGGUGUCACAGCGGAGAGGCUUCUGGCCUCCGAGAAGACCCCAUUCCCACAGGCGCGUUAGCACCCGCCGAAGAGACAGCACAGAGUCAUCAUCCAGUGGAAGUUCUAGUGAGAGUUGUGGCGACUAG